UCUCCCUCUUUUCUACACCGCCCACUCCUUCCCAACCAUUGAUCCGACCACUCACCGCCGCCUCGCCGGCUUCUUCGCCUCAUUACAUCGCCCCGCUGCGCUUUUCUGCAUUUUUUUAAAGGAGGAAAGGGAAAACAAAACAAAAAAAUUAAAUUAGAUUACAUUUUUAAAAAAACUUGCACAUUUUUGGACCAAAAAUAAUAAAGAAGAAGAAAGAAGAAGAACCAUCAGCAUCACCAUGGCGAGCACCGAGGACAAGGCGGCCAGCAAGGAGAACACGUCCAGCUGGAAGGACUCCUUCUACAACCCGAGGACCGGGGAGGUGCUGGGUCGUACGGCCAGCAGCUGGGCCCUCAUCCUGCUCUUCUACUUGGUUUUCUACUGUUUCCUGGCUGGCAUGUUCGCCCUGACCAUGUGGGUGUUGCUGCUCACCCUGGAUGACUAUGUGCCGAGGUACAGAGACCGCGUUCCCUUUCCAGGGUUGGCCAUUCGUCCAAACUCAUUGGACAUCAUGUUCAACAAAUCCGACCCGCUCAAGUACGCGCCUUAUGUCCAACAUCUGGAGUCCUUCCUGCAAAGAUAUAACGACACUGAGCAGGAGAAGAACGAGGCCUGCAUCCCGGGCCAGUACUACGAUCAGGAUGAUGACAGCGAGAUGUCAAAGAAAGCUUGUCGCUUCAAGAGGGGCUCCCUGAGCCUCUGCUCCGGCCUCUCCGACACCAACUUCGGAUACCACGAUGGAAAACCCUGCGUGCUGCUGAAGAUGAACAGGAUCAUUGGCCUGAAGCCACUCGGAGACCCUUAUAUCAACUGCACAGUAAAAAAAGACAACCCAGUUCAAAUGCACUAUUUCCCCAGCGAGGGUCGCUUCGAUAAGAUGUACUUCCCCUACUACGGCAAGAAGGCCCACGAGAACUACGUGCAGCCCCUGGUGGCCGUGAAGCUGCUGCUCACCAAGGAGGACUACAACAAGGAGCUGUCGGUGGAGUGCAGGGUAGAGGGCUCCAACCUCCGCAACGACGACGAGAGGGACAAGUUCCUGGGUCGCGUCACCUUCAGGAUCAAGGUCGUGGAGUAAAAAGGGCGGAGACGACCCCGCCAAAUAAAAACCAGAUGAGGCUGCCCACGUUUCCUAAGGAUUUAGGUUUAAAAAAAAUAUAUCUAUAUAUAUAUAUUAAAAAAAUACAAGGAAGGAAGCGUCAAAUAGGUCACAAAGAUGGCAUUUUGAGAUGAAACGGUUCGAUGGCCGUGAGUUUGGCUUUUUGGUAGGAGAGCCGGGUAUACAGCGAUAUCAAAUGUUGCUUUGAUGACAUUUCUGACCUUUCUUUCCUUUAUGAUUCCUUUGCUAAACCUCCUCAAAGACCCCCAGAACAAAACGCAGGCUCUGCUCCUGACCCCACCCUCCCCACUCCGUACCUUCCAUCCUUCCAUCCUCGCAUUCACCUGUUGCACUGUCUGUUCAUUAUUAUUUUAUUUUUUAGCAUUGAUGAUGUGACUAGCUUUCUUAUAGCCAUUGCAACCAAGCCAUUUGGAGCUGUUGUGUAAUUGCUGAUACAACUUUUUUAUUUUAUGGUUUUUUUGGUUGUUUUUUUUGUUUUUUUAGGCCUUCCUGCUGUCAGGAAAAGCGUGUUUUUAUCAGGACAGUAUUAUCACUGGCGUUGGUUGGGAGGAUCUUGCUGUAUAGUAUAACUGAGAGAGUAGAACAUUUCCGCAGAGUAUUCACAUGACCCAUCGCACAUCACGAAGGCUUCAUAGGAACAUACGUCGAUAAUCAAGUAUAGCCACUGUAUCCCUGUAUAUGAAAUGCCAAUUACAAAGUCCCUUUCUACUAUAAAUACAUUGUGAUCCUUACCAUAUUUAGGGAGUUAUAGAUAGAUCUUUUUGUGUUGCGGCCCGCGUAGCCACAACCCAGUCUUGUGCUGUCUGUCUGUCUGUCUGUCUGCAUGUCCGUCCGUCCGUCUGUCUGCCCGUCUUCCUGUUUACUCACCUCUCCACUGCAAUAGCCAACAUGUGGGUGAGCCCUCCAGGACUUAGACAAGUUGUCUCGCUCCACCUUCGCCGGGUGCUGCGGAUCGAAUUGAUGGUGGCCGAGGCGACGCGCGCUCACAGAAGGUACCGUGUAAAAAAAAAAGAAAUAAAUUUGCUUCUGAGGCGGAGAGGCGCUGGGAGAGCGUUGCAAAAAUAAGAAGUUCACUGUAACUAUGUACUGUAUAUCUCUACGUGAUCUGUAUAUCUAUCUGGGUCUCAAAGAUUGUUUGUUAGUUUUCUCUCUUCUUCAGCCUGUUGAUCUGAUUGUCUGCCAAUCUAUUACUCUUCAAUGUAUAUAUAUAUACACUAUCUACCAUAUUUACUUAAUUCACACUGUAUUUUUGUCACAAAACACAAUGUCUGUGCACUGUAAAGAAAUAAUUUAAGCAAAGAUUUACAGGAAAUUAUCUUAUUCAAAAGUAUGUUUACACAGUCUUAAAAGGAACCCGCAUUUGAAAGAACAACUUGUACCAUCUCUUCAGGGUGCCUUAAGACCUGAUGAAAUAAAUUGUGGAAUAAAAGUGAUUUUGAAGAAAAAAAA